AUGCGCCAGCACAGACUCCCAGCGGCGUACUACCGCGGGGGGACGUCACGGGCGGUCUUCUUCCAGCCGAAGGACCUCCCGGCGGAGAGAACGCAGUGGGCGCCCAUUUUUCUAGGCGUCCUAGGCAGCCCUGACGUCUGGGGCCGCCAACUCGACGGCAUGGGCGGCGGGAUCUCCAGUCUCUCAAAGAUCUGUGUCGUCGGACCGUCGAGCCACCCCGACGCCGACGUCGACUAUACAUUUGCCGCCGUGGGCGUGAAGGACGCGGAGGUGGACUUCUCGAGUAAUUGCGGGAAUAUGACCAGUGCGGUGGGUCCGUUCGCGGUCGACGCGAGGAUCUUCAACCCCGUCGAGGUGGAUGGAGAUGCAAAUCCAAGGGGAUCUGAGAUCACGACCAAGGCUGAGACCGGGACCGAGACAGAGGCUGACAGCAAAGCGAUGACGGUGACGGUGACGGUGCGGAUCCACAACACCAACACCGGCAAGAUCAUCCACUCGACGUUCGACGUGCAGGACGGGGAAGCCGUUGCGAGCGGCGCGUUCAACAUCGACGGCGUUGGCGGGAGUGGAGCAAGGAUCCAACUCGACUUUGUCAACCCUGCGGGCUCCAAGACAGGCAAGCUGCUGCCCACGGGGAGUGUGGUCGACACGUUCGACGGCGUAAAAGCCACAUGUAUCGACGUGGGCAAUCCGUGCUGUUUCGUCCAGGCAGCGUCAUUGGAUGUCGAUGGGGCCAUCUCGCCAGCCGAGAUCGAGGCGCACCCAACGCUUCUGGCGCGACUGGAUUCGAUUCGGCGGCAGGCGGGCGUCAAGAUGGGGUUGGCGCAUACGAGUGCCGACGUGCCAGGGAGCGUGCCCAAGAUAUGUCUCGUUUCAAGGCCGGGAGAGGACACCACGGAGAUGGAUCUGCGAGUUCGUGCCAUUUCCGUCGGUCAGCCGCACAAGGCUGUGCCUAUCACGGUGGCCCUGGCUUGUGCUGCUGCAUCGAAGUUGGCGGGCUCGACGGUGCAGGAGUGCUGUUCUGAGCAUCCCGUGGAUUCAGCUGGAGUCACGCUGGGGCAUUCCAGUGGGAGAUUGAUGGUUGGGGCGCAGUACGAUGAGGACGGCGAGUUGAGGUCUGCGACUGUUUUUAGAACGGCGAGGCGACUAAUGGAAGGGUUUGUCUACUGGAAGUGA